AUGAGGCUAAUUAACCUUUUAAAAAAUCUUCGAAUAAGUUACACUCAAGCAAUACGAAAUUACUCUGAUAAUUAUACGCCGAAACCGUUACGAAGCUUAAAAGCAAAGUCCAACAGAAAUUACGUUCAGUAUUAUGUAGAUUCUUGUAGAAUAAGGGCUAUUGGAGGAAAUGGGGGAGAUGGCUGCAUUUCCUUCUUGAGUGCUUGGUCUAAGGAACAUGCUGGGCCUGACGGUGGAGACGGUGGGCACGGAGGUCAUGUUAUAUUUCAGGCAUCACACACGGUCAAGAGCUUGAACCACUGUAAAUCAGUGAUCCAAGCAAAACAUGGAGAUCGUGGAGACAAUAAGGACUGCACUGGAAAGAAUGCCCAGCAUGUUAUUGUUCCAGUGCCUCUUGGUACCAUUGUAAAAGACUCUUCUGGGCGUGUCAUUGGUGACCUCUCGGCUGACGGGACGAUGUUCAUAGCGGCGCGGGGUGGUGCAGGGGGGAGGGGAAACAAAUUCUUUCUCACAGACACGCAACAGGCCCCAGAUAUAGCGGAGUAUGGAGCAAUAGGCGAGACCCAAGUGUACACGCUGGAGGUGCGAUCGAUGGCCCACGUGGGACUCGUGGGCUUUCCCAACGCUGGGAAGAGCACGCUCUUGCGAGCCUUGACCAGAGCCAGGCCCACUGUUGCACCGUACCCGUUCACAACACUUCGUCCACACAUUGGUAUGGUGCCAUACGAUGACUAUGAACAAGUUGCUAUUGCGGAUCUGCCUGGACUUAUUCCCGGCUCGCACAAGAACUAUGGACUUGGAAUCCAGUUCCUCCAGCACGCGGAACGCUGUCGAGGCCUGAUCUACCUCCUGGAUGGUUCCGAUGACCCACUGCAUCAGCACCAAACCCUCAUGUUCGAGCUGGCGCAGUACAACGCUGCCCUGGCCGAAAGACCCAGUGUCGUGGUCAUCAAUAAAAUCGAUUUACCAGAAGCAAGGAAGAGCUUUGAGGAGUUGAAGCAGAAAAUGGACGUUAUAGGUAUCUCGGCGAAGACUGGAAUCAAUUUGAAUGAACUCUUGAGGGUAGUUAGGAUAAUGUACGAUGGUGAAAAUAACGAAUCAUAA